AUGAAUAAUGACUUAGAAGUAUUCAUUUCAUUCACUAAAAUAGAAGGAUUUGAUAAAUAUCAAAAAUUUAAAAGUAGUUUAUAUCCAUAUUCUUACUAUGGAUAUUACUUACUUGAAUUAUGUUGUUACUAUGGAGCAGUUGAUUGUUUCAAGUUCUUAAGAACUAAAUUUAACUCAAAAAUAGCAAAAAGAUGUCUAACAUUUUCAUUUUUGGGAAGAAAUCAUGAGAUAAUGAGUGAAUGUUUGAAACAACAAGAACCAGAUAAAGAAUGCAUGGAAUAUGCAAUUAUUUCACAUAACAUUGAUUUUGUAACAUUCUUAGUGAAUGAGUAUAUCAUGAGUAUCGACUUGCAUGCUUGCAAAAAAUAUAAUAAUCUUGAUUCAUUUUUAGUUUUUUACGAUCAAACUAAUCUUUUAUUCAGCUGCUUGAUUUUUUCAACAAUGCUCAAUAUUCCAUCUCUUUGCGAAUAUUUCCUUUCAUUAGGUGUAGAUAUCAAUAAAAAACUUUUAGAUGGAGAUGAAAAAGGUGAAUAUGGAGAAACGGCUCUUCAUAUUGCAGCAGAAUAUAAUAGUAAAGAAGCCGCUGAACUUCUUAUUUCAUAUGGUGCAAAUAUCCAUGAAAAAGAUGUAUAUGGACAAACCGCUCUCCAUAUUGCAGCACGUGAGAAUAGUAAAGAAACUGCUGAAGUUCUUAUUUCACAUGGUGCAAAUAUCAAUGAAAAAAGUGAAUAUGGAGAAACGUCUCUCCAUAUUGCAGCACGUGAGAAUAGUAAAGAAACUGCUGAAGUUCUUAUUUUACAUGGUGCAAAUAUCAAUGAAAAAGGUGAAUAUGGAAUAACGUCUCUUCAUAUUGCAGCAGAAUGCAAUAAUAAAGAAGCCGCCGCACUACUUAUUUUACAUGGUGCAAAUAUCAAUGAAAAAGAUAAUUAUGGACAAACCGCUCUUCAUCAUGCAGCACGUGAGAAUAGAAAAGAAACUGCUGAAGUUCUUAUUUCACAUGGUAUAAAUAUCAAUGAAAAAGAUAAAGAUGGAGAAAUUGCUCUUCAUAAAACAGCCUUAAAUCAUAGUGAAAAAACCGCCGAACUUCUUAUUUCACAUGGUGCAAAAAACUAA